AAUCAUUGGACUGAUCAUCAAAUCAAAGACACUGGACUAGAUUAUAAUAGAGAUAGUCAAGGGAUACAACAACAUUGGAUGAACAGUGGCGGCACUGCCUCUGGCAACGGCGAUGCCAAUAAUGGCGCCAGUGACUAUGCUGCUGUAGCAUCAUCAGCAAUGGCUGGAACAACUACAAACACACCACCAGCAGCACUGAUCAGAAGACGGUCAGCAAGUGACCUCGACCAGACAUCAACUACCAAGCGCCCAUUCCGAUUCUAUUGGGCCAACGAUGAGCACAUGUACUGGACACUAUUGCUCGACUCUACAAACACAGUGCGUGAUAUAACUUUGGGACUACAAUCCAAGGUACCAACAGGCUUGAACGUAUAUAUAUACAAGAGGACAAAGGGAAAGUUUGGCAUUACAAAGGACAGACGACUGUCCAAUGAGGACAGCAUAUGGGAGAUAGUGGACUCGCGGCGAGCCAACAAUAAGUCUGAACCAAACUUUGUUCUCAAGAAGAAGAAAGCAUCGUCACUGAACAUCGUCUCAGUGCAUGCUAAGAAGCAGUCACAUCAUCAUUCACAUCACAAUGAUGGCGAACACAAUCAUAGUCACAACAACAAUAACAACAACAAUAUCACAGACUCGAGCGGUAGUGCUGCCAGCAGUACCACUCACACACCGCCAAUGUACCAGUCGUCACCCGUCCAGCAGCGGCACAAUGGUCUGCAGGCUUCACCUGCAGAGCUCGGUCCGCUACCCACGUCGUCGGGGGAGACGACAGACAUUCGCCACCCACUUCCCCUUCACUCAUCGCUCAGGUCUCCAGCCGUCAAAGCUUUCAAGGAGUUGGUACAAAGUCAACAACAUGGUGGUAGUGGCAGUGGCAACAACAGUGGCAGCAACAGCCCACUCAACUCAUCGCCUCAACAACAACACUCUCCAUCAAAGACUAGGAACGCCCUUGCCAACAACCAGAGCAGUGGCGGGUCGCCAGUGACUGGACGUCCCAGCCCAUUCAGCAAGCGCGCAGCAGCACUUGACAGCACAUCAUCUAUGUCAUCUGGCGCCAAGAUCAAGAGCAACAACAAGGAGAAGGACGUGAUGAGAUUGAUGCGAUUCUACUUUGGUGACCUCAGCUCGAUCAACUACGUCGAUGCCACUGGCGGUCGAUUCUUUACUCUGGCGCUCACCAAGGAGACGACAGCACGCGAUGUCGGCAUCUCAGUUGAACAGAAGUUGCAGUUGCCUCCCAGCUCAAUCACAGUGUUCCUCAUCCUUCCACUACAGUCCAACGGCUCAAAGAUCGAGAGGAUGCUUGGCGACGACGAACUGAUCAUCGACAUCAAGGACACGUGGGAGGACCCCGCGCAGACAUUCUUCAUCGUCAAGGAGGCCGAUCAGAAGCCGCCAAUCAACAAGCGACUAUCCAAACACAUCACAGACCUCCAGCAGCACAACAUCAUUCCCAAUGAGUGGCGACGAAGCACUGACUGCAUCAGUCUGCGCUUUCCACCCUCGCCCGAGCAGAGUUGGAAGCGUCGCUCUAUCCCCAUAUUCCUUCAGGUGUUGCCCGGCAAUGGCAAGGCAGGCGUCGGCCCUUCGCCACUCGGCGGUGACGCAGAUGCAAACAAUGGCUCAGGCAACACAACACCAGGCGAUGUUGUGCCCAAAGGCGACGACGAUGGCGAUGACGACGACAACUCUGGCAUCGACAUCAAGGCGCUGAUGGGAUGGGCGCACCUCAUCCCCUCGCAAGACCUCGAGUACAUCAAGCGCAUUGGGUCGGGCACCUACUCCAAGGUGUACAAAGGACGCUACAACGACAAGUUCGUGGCCAUCAAGACACUGCGAGGCAACACGACCCCAGACCAGAUUCAAUCAUUCCGCAAGGAAUGCGACAUACUCAGCACGAUACGAUCACCUCACUUGAUAUCAUUCUUUGGAUCGUGCAUUGAAGACAGUCAGCUGAGCAUGGUGGUGGAGUACUGCAGUCGCGGCACACUACACAAGGUGCUCAACACCAGCUUCGACUUUGAAUGGGACAAGUGGUUCCGCUGGAUGAUGCAGGUUGUGGAGGGCGCGCACUACCUUCACAAUAUGAACCCGCCAACUGUACACCGGGAUCUCAAGACACUCAACAUCCUCAUUUCAGCCGAGUACAAUGCCAAGCUGUGCGACUUUGGACUGACGCGCACCAUGACAAUGACCAACGUCAGCACGCUGGGCAUGCUUCGUGGCACGAUGGCGUACACCGCGCCAGAGAUCUACGAUGGCAUGCUGUUCAACACCAAGUCAGACGUCUACUCGCUUGGCGUCAUCAUGUGGGAGUUGGUGCAACGAUGCAUCACAGGCGUCUAUCAACGCCCUUUCCACGACUAUCCAAUCUCGAUGGACAUUCAGAUCAUCAUUCUGACUUCAAAGAAUAAGGUGAGACCAAAGAUCAUCGAGACAUGUCCACAAGCACUGAGGAAUCUGAUAGUUCGAUGUUGGGAUCAAGUGCCAGAGGCGCGUCCAACAACCACAGCAAUCUUGGCCGAGCUACAUUCACUAAAGAUGGCAUAUGAUGAGAACAAACAAUCAUGGGACGACUUGAGAACCAAGACUGUCAAGCCACCAUCAGUAACAUCACCAAAGAGAGCAGGAGCAGUAGUAGUGGACAGUAACAGUAACAACAACAACAAUAAUAAUAAUAGUAAUCAAUCAAAUGUAAGCAAUAGUAGUAGUAAAUGUACAGACAAAGACAACAACAACAACAACAGUUUAGGAGAUGGAUCGACACAACAUGUGGAUGGUGCAUCGUUACCACAACAUCAACAACAACAACAACAACAGCCAGUCGAUGAGAAUGAUAACACAAACAAUAUCAUGGAUCGUGAAAGGAAUGACGCGACCCCAGCAAUCAUGGACACUGUUGGUGUUCCAACAGCCAUACUUACU